UUCCCUGAACUGAAAUGAAGAGAAACAGUAGCAAUUCUCUUCUCUUUCUCCUCUUCUUACUGAUUCAUGUCAUUUUGAACUCUUGUAUCAUUUCUGUGGAAGCAAGGAAGAGUCACACCAAGAACACAAAGCCUCAUAAAUUUCAUAAAGAUCAUGGCCAUGGCCACCUUGCUCAUUCUCCAAGCCCUGCCCCACCUCCAACUCAAACUCAAACUCAAACCACCAGUUUUGACGUUCUGUCUUUUGGGGCCAAGGCCAAUGGGAUUUCUGAUGAUUCCAAGGCACUCAAAGCAGCAUGGGAAGCUGCCUGCAAAGUUGAUGGUGCUAUAGUGAAAAUUCCAGCAGAACACAGGUUCUUAAUCAAGCCCAUUACUUUACAAGGCCCUUGUAUGCCUAACCUUACUCUUCAGAUAGAUGGAACUCUGAUAGCUCCUCCUGCAAUAUCUUCCUGGCCAAAAUCCAGUUUAUUUCAGUGGAUAAAUUUAAAAAACAUCCACAGCUUCACCAUCCAAGGUUCUGGCACCAUUAAUGGCCAAGGCUGUAACUGGUGGACCACCUCACAGAUUUAUCAUAUGCAGAAGAAGGGAUACUAUUCUAAACAGAUUCCAAGCAUGAAACCUACUGCUGUGAGGUUUUAUUCCAGCAAUGAUGUAACAGUUCGUGAUAUCAAAAUCAUAAAUAGUCCUCUGUGCCAUCUAAAGUUCGACAAUUCAAAAGGGAUCAAAGUCAAUAACAUUACAAUAUCUUCCCCAGAAAAUAGCCAAAACACUGAUGGUAUUCACUUACAGAACUCACAGGAUGUAGAGAUUCAACAUUCCAACAUCGGAAGUGGAGAUGACUGUGUAUCCAUCCAAACUGGUUGCGCAAAUAUUCAUAUUCACCAUAUUAUCUGUGGCCCAGGACAUGGUAUAAGCGUAGGAGGAUUAGGAAAAGACAAAAGUGUGGCAUGUGUCUCCAACAUCAUGGUUAAUGAUGUUUCAAUGCAAAACACAUUAUAUGGAGUAAGGAUCAAAACAUGGCAGGGUGGUAUUGGGAUGGUGAAGAAUGUGUCAUUCUCAAGAGUCCAAGUGCAAGACGUGAAGAUUCCAGUAAUGGUAGAUCAAUACUACUGUGACAAGCAUGUGUGCAAGAACCAGACAGGAACAGUGGUGAUUUCUGGUGUCAAUUUUGAUAAAAUUCAUGGGACUUAUUCAUAUCAACCUGUUCAUAUAGCUUGCAGCAAUUCCAUACCUUGCACCAACAUUGAUCUAACUGAUAUUCAGCUAAGGCCAUCACUGAGAUACAGAGGUUUUCAACAAGCUUUGUGUUGGAACUCUUAUGGGAAAUCUCAAGGCAGCCUGCAACCUUCAAGCAUUGAUUAUUGCCUGAGAAGUGGUGGUGGUUAUAUCAAGAAGAUAGCUAGGUCUCAUGAUAGUUUGUGUUACUAGAGAUUUGUGGACUUUCAGAUUUAAUUAUUUGAGUCUUGUGUGUAAUGGAAGCUUCCCUUCUGCUAUAGUUUUUUCAUUGUGGGAAGGUGAUGCUGUAAUUUAGCUUUCAUUUUUCUUCUUCAUGCCCUGUAAUUUUACUGUAUUGAAAAAUAUUGAU